AUGUUGGCGCCCAAGCAAUACUCUGCACCGAGUGCAUCGUCUCAGACACCCACCGCAUACCACAAUUCCUCACAGAGACCCGCGACGGCGACGAGAGCGCAGGAUGGAUCGGGAUUCAUCAGCCCCACAAAAUCAGAGCUGUCAGAGGGGCAGGAUGAUCUUGCAUCGAUCCGGGGAUGGGAUGAGAAGCGAGUGGCUGCGUGGCUUCACAGCAUCAAGUGCGGGCAAUAUGAAUCGCUCUUUCGAUCCAACAACUUCAAUGGAGACAACCUCCUCGAGUGCGAUCAAAAGAUCUUACAGGAGAUGGGGAUAAAAAAGGUCGGCGAUCGAGUGCGCAUCUUUGUCGCUAUCAAGCAACUUAGAAACAAGUCCGGAACGACCUCACGACAGAAAAACAUGAAUACUCUAGCUGCGCUCGAAGCCACGGCCCUCUCAAAUUCCUCCCGCUACUCCCACUCCCGCCUUCCCUAUCGACGAACAUCUCAGCUGGCCGAUGACGGCUACCUACCUGGGUCACCACCCGCCGCUGACACCGAAAAGGUGGCAUGGCGCAAAGAUUACAAUCAUCCAUCUUCUGGAGGAUCGAGUUCCAGCCGAAACCCCGCGACGCCAAACGAAGCCAGAGGGAGCUCCCAUCCACGGAACCCUAGUCUCGACGGCCUAACAAUGGGCCCUUUGCCUUUAAACUCGCCUGUUAUCCGUGUUAUCUACACAGGCGGCCAAACGAAGGUUUUGGACAUUCGAAAUUGCGCAACGCCAGACGAGGUCAUCUUGUGUGUUCUAAAGAAGCUCCAACUUCCCGAGCAUCAAUACAGAAACUAUUGUUUCUACGUGCUGGAUGGGCUCGAUCCAGACUUGUCCAAUUGCCGAAAGCUUGCCGAAAACGAGCUCAUGGAUAUCUGCGAGAGCUAUAGUCGAUCUGAGCGAGGCCGUUUAAUUCUUCGGAAGAUUCACGCUGGUGAGCCUGAUCAAGAUGAGCUUCGUCGGGCCUCUCAGCUCGCAUAUGAUGAAAGUCAGGCCACACAUCAGCAUGCUUUGAAUAAUUCCAACCAGCGGCAGAAACACAAGAUCCAGCAACUUACCGGCGAAUCUUGGCAUAAUAUCAAACAACCGCUGUCUCCCCUGGGUCCCCGGCAUCGCCCAUCCAACUCCAGCCUCGAAGAACAACGGGGACCAAACGAAGAACGACACCCAGCGGCCAAGCUUCGUUCCUUCUUCGGGCAGCGACCACCUAGUGAAAUGAUCAUUCACGAACUGCAGUCAUUCUUCCCCAGUCAUGACCGCGAAAACAUCGAGAAGACGAUGCGCCGAUCUCAACGAUUGAGUCGUGCGGCAAGUCGCAUGAGUGUUGUCAGCAACUAUAGCGUUGCAUCAAGCAUGAAAGACGCGCCACCUUUACCACCUCUACCCCAGCUUCCUCCUAUUCCUAGUAUCGCCGACCAAUGGCUUCAAGGCCCUGGACAUGCGCAGGCAUUACGGGCGCCACGACCCGUCUCAGUGUCUAGAUUCAACCUGCCACAGGCAUCAUAUCGGGAUUCGAUUGCAUCGAGCUCUCUUCAGCCGCUCCAGGAGGAAUCACCGACAGAGCCGAACCGCAAGUCAUAUGUUUCGUUUGAAAGCAACUCUGAUGGACUUGAUGAACCCAACCCCCUGCGCCAGAGCUUUGAGAGUCUCAGCGUCGCUGCCACGGAUGGUGGCUCAUUCAAUGACAGAAUGAGCGUCAUUGUGGCCGAGGAUGGCGAGGAGGAAGACGACGGCCUUGUUGACUUCUUGGCUGGAAACAACUUCGCCCCUAAGAACUGGAUGAAGGGAUCUUUGAUCGGCGAGGGUUCUUUCGGAAGCGUUUUCUUGGCUCUCCACGCCAUUACCGGAGAGCUGAUGGCCGUCAAGCAGGUCGAAAUCCCAUCUGCCACCAAGGGCACCGAAUUUGAUCAACGCAAAAACCUCAUGGUCAACGCUUUGAAACAUGAGAUUGAACUGCUGCAAGGCAUGUCCCACCCCAACAUCGUGCAAUACCUCGGUACUGUCGCCGAUGACCAGUACCUGAACAUUUUCCUGGAGUAUGUUCCCGGUGGUUCCAUUGCUACAAUGUUGAAGCAAUACAACACAUUCCAAGAACCUCUGGUAAAGAACUUCGUCCGGCAAAUCCUGGCUGGUCUGUCAUAUCUGCACAGCCAGGACAUCAUCCACCGUGACAUCAAGGGUGCCAACAUCCUGGUUGACAACAAGGGUGGAGUCAAAAUUUCUGAUUUCGGUAUCUCAAAACGUGUCGAAGCAUCCCACCUUCUCGGUGCCCGUGCCAGCGGCAGCGGUGGUGGCCACAUCCACCGGACAUCCCUCCAAGGCAGCGUGUACUGGAUGGCCCCCGAAGUCGUUCGGCAAACCGCACACACCAAGAAAGCCGAUAUCUGGAGUCUUGGAUGUCUCGUUGUCGAAAUGUUCAUCGGUGCCCACCCCUUCCCGGAUUGCAGCCAGUUGCAGGCCAUCUUUGCUAUUGGAAGUAACAAGGCUCGCCCCCCUGCUCCGGACCAUGUAAGCCAAGAGGCUAAAAGUUUCCUGGACAUGACCUUCCACUUGGAUUACGAGCAGCGCCCUACUGCCGAUGAACUGCUUAAGUGCGAGUUCUUGUCUACACCCAUCGCAUAA